AAAUUAUUACAUGCAACAACAACAGCAACAGCAACAGCCACAGCAAUUUCAGCAACAGCAACAACAGCAACAGCCACAACAAUUUCAACAACAGCAACAGCCUCAACGGGUUGAGACACUCGCACGAUCCAAGAAGGACGUGAAGCGAACCGACACCGGAUUCCUGGCGAUAGCAACAGAGGUGGAAACCGACGGAGAGAAGACCUCGGAACCUCCGGGAAAGAUCAAGGAAUUAUUGAAGGAAUUCCAAGACAUUCUUCCUGACGAUCUUCCGAACGAGCUACCGCCAUAUCAAACACAUCAACACGGGAUCGUGGAGGAACCGGGUUCGAAGCCGACCUUCCGAGCACCAUAUCAGCUCAGCCCUACGGAGCUGACCGACAUGAAAAAACAGAUCGAGUAUCUCCUAGCCAAAGGACUCAUCCGACCAUCUACUUCGCCAUACAGUGCCCCAGUGCUCUUCACACCGAAACUGGACGGAAGCCUGCGCAUGUGCAUCGACUACCGAGCUCUUAACAAGCAGACCAUCAAGAAUAAAUAUCCGAUACCACGAAUCGAUGACCUGCUUGACCAGCUUCGGGGAAGCUACGGUAUUUUCCAAAUUGGAUCUGCGGUCCGGAUACUGGCAGAUACGGAUGGCGGACAACUCUAUCCACAAAACUGCUUUCCGAACUCGGUAUGGAUCGUACGAGUAUUUGGUAAUGCCAUUCGUACUCACCAACGCACCGGCAACAUUCCAAGCCGAAAUGAACCACAUUCUACGACCACCUUUGAACGAGUCCGUGGUGGUGUACGUGGACGACAUCCUCAUCUACUCGCGCGACAUGAAGCAGCACGUCGAACACCUGCGACGCGUCUUCGAAAUUCUUCGACGAGAACGAUUCUACAUCAAACUGUCCAAGAGCGAAUUCGCCCUUGAGAAGGUCCAGUUCCUAGGACACAUGGUGA